CCGGUUUGACACGUUGGUCAGAUUUGUCUAAAAAUUUGAACAACUGAGCGACAACUGACAAGUGUUCAACUGAAGGGGAGACGGGGAACUCUAUGAAAUUACAUACUACUUUUGUGGUCAGGAAGGCUUGUAACAAUUUUGUGAACACGAAAAAUUCACCAAAGUCGUGCUUGUUGAAAAGGGAGACUUCAGAGCUCACAGCAGCCUCUCUCUCUCAACCACUACUUCUGUUGUUACAGGUUUCAAGUAUUUCACGGGAUUCUCUAAGGAUCUAAGGAAAAAAAGCUAUCGAAAUUAUCGGGAUUUUCCCAGUAUUUUUUUCUCUGAUUAUCGUUGAAUUUGGAAGCAUUAGAGAGCUCAAAGUUCUGUGAAUUUCUUUAAAGAAUUUCGUUGUGCGCACUUUUGGAAGGAGAUAGAUUUCUUUUUGUUAUGUGGAGAUAUUGGGUUUGAGGCUAUUUUCAUUCAAGUUCUUGCGCUCGUUAUUGUGUUUUUGGCUCUCGAAUUUCGUUUUGGGUAGGUGUUAUAGAUUGAGAUUCGGUGGUCUUGGGGGUAUUUCCGUGAAUUGUCACUGAAUUGGAGGAUUGUAGAACUUUCUUUUCGGUGCCUGAAUUGAAAUCUUGCUGCUAUCGAGGAACUGGUGCUGUCUAUACUCAUUCUGGUCAUUUUCGUUUAGCCAAUUUCAAAUUUUAAGGAGAUUGGUUUCAGGGUGUUUUAUUUGCAAAUUGUGGGAGCUGGGCGUUGAAUUUUCUGAGGAUGACAAUCGAGUCUUUACCUGGAAGCUCAGGGUAUUUGGACUCAGGCGCUGGAAGAAAGAAUUCGUAUUUCAGCAACCCUUAUGUACUGGGUCUGACUCUGACUGCUAGUAUUGGUGGCUUGUUGUUCGGGUAUGACACAGGUGUUAUAUCAGGGGCUCUUCUCUAUAUUCGAGAUGAUUUUGAGAUGGUUGAUCGUAGUAACUUUCUACAGGAAACAAUUGUUAGCAUGGCACUAGUAGGAGCAGUUAUUGGAGCUGCAGCAGGGGGUUGGAUGAAUGAUGCUUGUGGACGUAAGAAAGCUACUCUUUUUGCUGAUGUGGUGUUUACUAUUGGAUCAAUUGUGAUGGCCGCUGCACCAGACCCAUAUAUUCUUAUAUUUGGAAGGCUUCUGGUUGGCUUGGGUGUGGGUGUAGCAUCUAUUACUGCUCCAGUCUAUAUUGCUGAAGCAUCCCCAUCUGAAAUUAGGGGAGGACUUGUGAGCACAAAUGUUCUUAUGAUUACUGGUGGACAGUUUCUUUCUUACCUUGUGAAUCUUGCUUUUACUGAGGUCGCAGGGACGUGGCGCUGGAUGCUUGGGGUUGCUGCUGUACCAGCUGUUAUACAAUUUUUUCUUAUGUUGCUUCUUCCUGAGUCUCCCCGCUGGCUUUAUAUGAAGAAUGAGAAAUCUGAAGCUGUUGCUGUACUUGCUAAAAUCUAUGAUCCUUACCGUUUGGAGGAGGAGAUUGACCAACUAUCUGUUGCAUUGCAAGAAGAACUUGAUACAGGGAAUGCUAUCAGAUAUCGAGAUAUUUUCAAAUACAAGGAAAUCAGACUUGCAUUUCUGGCUGGUGCUGGACUUCAGGCUUUUCAGCAGUUCACUGGAAUCAACACAGUCAUGUACUACAGCCCUACAAUUGUGCAAAUGGCUGGGUUUCAUUCUAAUCAGUUAGCCUUGCUCCUUUCCCUGAUUGUUGCUGGUGUGAAUGCUACAGGAACUAUUGUAGGUAUUUACCUGAUUGACCGUUUUGGGCGGCGGCGUUUAGCCCUAACCAGCUUAUCUGGUGUAAUUGUAUCCCUUGUGGUCCUCUCUGGGGCAUUCUUCUUACAGGCAUCUGGUCUUUCAUUGGGACUUUGUGAGGAAGGUGUUCUGCGUGGCAACUGCAGUAGUGGAUAUAGCUGGUUUGCAAUCUUGGGACUAGCAUUGUACAUUGCUUCUUUCUCACCUGGCAUGGGGCCUGUGCCAUGGGCUGUGAACUCAGAAAUAUAUCCUGAGGCCUAUCGAGGGGUUUGUGGUGGUAUGGCAGCAACCGUGAAUUGGGUGUCAAAUCUCAUUGUAGCACAGACAUUCCUGUCAAUGGCUGCUGUUGUGGGGACUGCUGUGACAUUCCUGAUUCUUGCAGGUGUUGCUGUACUCGCUUUCUUGUUUGUGGUUGUUUAUGUGCCAGAAACAAAGGGGUUGAGCUUUGAGCAAAUGGAAAAUUUGUGGAAAGAGAGAGCAUUGGGGAGUGGGAAUGACAGGGAAGGCCUCCUUGGGAGGAGGAAUGGGUUCUAAGUAGUUAUAUGCCCCUCGCCUUGUAUAUUUAAUAGUAUCAAAUACAGGGUUCCUUCACAAUGGGUUGGAAUAAAAGCUCAGCUUUGAGGUUUGUUAUUCAUGUAAGGCCAAUCAUAAUGUUCUUAAGGAGCAAAUGGACAUCACCGCCAGAAGUUUGGAAUAAAAUAAAGCAGAAGCAGGUCUUGUUCGAGAUCAUAAUGGCCGAUGGAUAUGUGGUUUCCCAGAUUUUCUUGGUGAUACAACUUUUGAUGUGGCUGAAAGUAUGGUCUCUUAAACUAUAACUUAAGCUGGUUCAGGAAAGAUGGUACAACAGGCUGGUGCUCGAAUCGGAUUUUCAAUCUAAUGUUCUAAUAAUGCUUCAAGGAGUCUAAUGUAUGGUGUCUUGGUCCUUUAUAUGAUGAUAAACUGAGUUUACUACGUAAGUGCCCCAAUGUGGUUAUCAGGCAUUGUCAUAGAGAAAGCAAUCAGUGUGCUGAUAGACUUUCAAAAGUAGGUUCAGAACAAUCUAGUAGAUUGCAGAUUUGUGCUGUUCCUCCUUGUAUUUGUCUUACUGUCUUGGUUGAUAUGUAUGGGGUGUCUACCCUCGUCGUUGUAUUUAUGCUUAGCUUAAUAUAGUUUCUUUUAUGAG